AUGGGAUAGUAAAAUUCAAAUGCAAAACUCAGUUAAAAUAUCUUAGUUUUUGGAGCCAAUAUGCUACUAGAUGAGAAGCUUUUGGGUUCUGAAUGGUAAAAAGAUUAAAGUAUCAAAUUAUGAUUGACUAUUCAAGUAAAUUCUUGUCAGGAUUUCACUUUGUACAAAAAUAUAAGCGAGAGACCUAAUUAACUAUUAUGGUGUCCAAAAAGGAGUGAAAUACUUCAAAAAUCGAUUGAAUCUAUAAUAUUAAACAUAGAGUUUGAAGGUGUUUUGUAUAUUUUUGAACAAACUCAAGAUCAAAAGGUCUUGAAUGAACAUCGAAAAUUGAUAAAGUGGUUGAUGAGUGAGGAUUCUAUGAGAUAAUGCUCAAUAAUUUUGUUGUGUGUUUCUAAGUCAAGUGAUUUAGCAAUUAAUAUUAAAUCCCAAAUGGAAAUAGAACUAGAUUUGGAAUCAAUGGAUUCUAAAUAAGCGAGGAACUUGAUAAUAAAAUAACAAGAUAAAGAAAGUAAUCUAUAAUUUAAAAAGAUUAUAUCAUAAUUGAUUAAAAUGAAGAAUGAAUCAUGA